UAUUUUUUAAAGAUGCAUAUUGCGUAUAUAGUAAUUUUCGCCAUCGUGAGCAUCGUAGGUGCUGCUCCAAGCAAGGAUCCCAUCGAUGAUGUCAAACAUGCAGUUGAAGAAACUGAAGCCCUUAUGGCAAAUGAUGAAACAAUAGGACUCUUUGCUGUAGCUGAAGCAAUUGUGUCGAAUAGAAUUGCGCCAAGAGAAGAAAUUGAAAAAUGGCAAGCAUUGCUCACCAAUUUCAAUACAUCCAGCCGUCGCAGUGAAUACGGUUAUAUCGAAAGUACUCUACGGCCUGAUGGUGAGGAUUCAGAAGUUGCUAAGCUAUUAGAUCAAUAUUCAAAUGGUAUCUACUCCAAAGCUAAAACUAAUAUUCUAGCACUCAGAGCUCAACGAACUGCGGCAUUUAAAGUUUGUGUGCUCGAAAUUAUCGGCAAAUAAAAUAAUUGAAUGGAAAAUUAAAUACAAUUUUAUGACUUUCGUAAAAAGUCCCUUGACUGACAUUUUUGUUAACCGGACCACUCUCUUAGGCGACCGCCUACUGUAUUUUUUUAAUGAAAACUAAAUCUUCAAUUGGUUUAUGUCGAUAACUUUUACCCGUUUUUGCCCCAUAGUUUCU